AUGAUCGUGUCUAACGUCAGUCUGAGCUGCGACGCGAGCUGCCCAUGGGGAGACAGUGACAGUGAGACGGUGGUCUUGCAGGGAGGAGGUUCAGGUUCUCUGAGUCCUACGGGACACCUCGUGGUGGCGGUAUGUCUGGGGUUUAUAGGUACAUUCGGUUUCCUCAACAACCUCCUGGUGUUAACGUUAUUCUGCCGGAACCGCGCACUGCGCUCUCCCAUCAAUGUCUUGCUGGUGAGUGUGUGUGUGUCGGACCUGCUGGUCAGCGUGCUCGGGACACCGUUCAGCUUCGCCGCUGCCACACAGGGCCGGUGGUUGAUCGGUAGUGCGGGAUGCGUCUGGUACGGCUUCAUCAACGCCUGUUUGGGUAAGCAGCCUAUUGUCUCUCUCUCUCUGCCUCCCUCUCUCUCUCGCUCUCUCUCUCUCUCUCUCUCUCUCUCUCUCUCUGUGUGUGUGUGUGUGUGUGUGUAUGUGUAUGUGUAUGUGUGUUAGUGCUCAGCUUAAAGUAUGUGCUAAAUGUACAGUAUUUGACUGUAUCAGCACUAUGGCUGCUCUGGAUCUUGACUCAGAUUUCUCAAUGAACUUCAACAGUAAAGUGAUUAAGCAUAAAUCUAAAUAAAUAAUUAACUUCAGACUCUCCAGCCACAGCCCCUUGUGUGUUUGUGUGUUCAACAAGAUCUCAUGGUGGCCUUAAGAUUCUGAUAUUCAUCCACUUUCUCCAAACCUCACAUUUUAAAGUUACUCCAAACAUAACAUUUAGAAGUGUUUUUGACACCCUGGGUUUACUGCUCCUGCUCAGCAUCAUUCUGUUUCUCCAAAUGUCACAUUUCGAAGUUAAGGUUUGGGAUAGGGUUAAAACAUUAAGUUUAGGCAUUCAUUCCGAAUGGUUAAAUUAAGGGUUAAGGUUUGGGACAGGAAUAAAACCAACAACAAAAAAAUGUGUAUCUACCACUGGAAUUGAACACUCAACCUUUGGAUCCGGAGUCAUGGGAUUACCCCAUCCACAACACCCUAGCAAAACCCAAACCUACUUCAUGGUAAUACCGCUCACUGUUGCCCCUAGUGGACGGUUUUGAAGGCAUUUCCUGAAGUCAAUUUCGAGGUCAAUCUUGAGGGAUCUGCCUGGUGUGUGUGUGUCAGACUGCGUCCUCAUUAACUGUCAGCGGUGCCUUGUGAAACAGCAACCUAAUACCCAGUCAAGUCUCUAUGCUAUUUUGUGUAUGUGUGUGUGUGUGUGGGUGUGUGUUCCAGGUAUUGUGUCGCUGAUCUCCCUGGCAGUGUUGUCCUAUGAGCGUUACUGUACCAUGCUGUGUAGGACGCAGACAGACGGCAGCGACUUCGGUCCAGCGGUGGCCGGAGUGUGUUUCUCCUGGCUCUACUCUCUGGCCUGGACACUGCCCCCGCUGCUGGGCUGGAGCAGCUACGGCCCCGAGGGACCAGGUGUGUGUGUGUGUGUGCAUUUGUGUGUGAAUGUGUGUGUGAGUGAAAGUGCAAAAAAAGUAUUUGAUUUAAUUACAAUCUGCUGGCAUAUGGAACUACAGUAUUUAUUACCUAGUAACAGUAUAGAUAGUAACAGUAUUCAUAUUGACAGUGUGUAUUGUUGUACUGUGUUCCAGGAACCACCUGUUCAGUGGACUGGAGGACCCAGACACCGAACAACAUCUCCUACAUCUUCUCUUUGUUCACCUUCUGUCUGUUACUGCCUUUCUCUGUCAUACUGUACAGCUAUAGCAAGCUGCUCAGCGCUAUCAAACAGGUAACUAACCCCUGACCUCUGACCUCUUCUAACUCUUCACUUAGUUGACAGUUUAGAGAGUUGAGUUUAGAUAUAAUGCCUGGGGAUGGUGUAACCGCAGCCAGGUUGCUCAAGAUCCACUGCAAAAUUCGACGUCCGUCCAGGUAAACAGGAUUUCGGGAGAUGAGUUCUAAACCAGCCACUAGGGCCAACGGUGAGUGCUAUUACCAUCACGUAAGCUUGGGUUUUGCUAGGGAAUUGUGGACAGGGAUGGCAGAUGGGUGUAAGCCGUGAGCACCGGCUCCGAGGGUCGCCUGUUCAAUCCCAGUGCUAGGCACAAUUUGUUUUUGUUUUUUUACCCUCUCCCAAACCUUAACCCAUAACUUAACCAUUCGGAAUCAAUGCCAAACUUAACCUUCGAAAUUGGACGUUUAUGGACAAACGUGGGAUUCUGCAGUGAGACUGUGAGAGCUUGUUGUUAACCAUUGGUACCAGCAGCACAUAUACUGUACUCUCCCAUGUCUGCAUGGGAUCCAAUCCAAGUCUCUCCUCACGUUCCUGUCUCUUCUCUAUAGUCUUAUCUGUUUAAUAAAAUACAUCAUACAAAAUACAAUAAGUGGGAUCGCCAUACUCUUAUUAAAGAGUCUAGAGCUUAGAAAGUUAUGUUUAGAGAUUAGAGAGUUUAGUUUUAGAGUUUAAAGUUACAAUGUCUCGAUUAGAGGAGAGUACAGGAAGCAGUAAUUAGAGGAUUCCUGGGGAUUGAGGUUGUUAGUGAGACUUUUGAGGAUAAUCAUUAACACACACACACACACACACCUAAUUCUAACCCUAAACCUAACCCCUAGGCCUAAAAUAGCCUUUUUACAAGUGAGGACCGGCAAAAUGUCCUCACUUCUUCUCUGAAUUUUAGUUGGUUUACAAUUCUUGUGAGGAGUUCUGGUACUCACAAGUAUAGUAAAACGUGAACACACACACGCAGUCUUGAUUCAACUUGGCAGAGUAAAUUAUCUUUGCUAAAGUACAAUAGGAACCUAGCUUGAUGCCAGUCUGUAUGUGUGUGUGUGUGUGUGUGUGUAUGUGUGUGUGUGUGUGUAUGUGUGUGUGUGUGUGUUUGUCAUCCCUCCAGGUGAGCAGUGUGAGCUCAGUGGUGACCCGUCAUCGUGAGCAACGUGUGUUGGUGAUGGUGGUAACCAUGGUAGCGUGUUACCUGUUGUGUUGGCUGCCCUACGGUGUAGCGGCCCUGCUGGCAACCUUUGGCCCCCGCAACCUUUUGACUCCUGAGGUCACCAUCGCCCCCUCGCUGUUGGCCAAGACAUCGACAGUCAUCAACCCUGUUAUAUACAUCUACAUGAACAGACAGGUACACACACACAUGCACACACACGCACACACACAGACACACUGUACCCCUGUUUGGCGUUGUCAGUCUUCAGUUCCUCCCAACCGUAUCCAUGGUGACAUUGAGUUGAGGUGAGCUGAAGACCUAAAAGGCUGCACAGACUGCCACAGAGAAUGUGUUGUCUCUAAAACAACCUGCAACCUGCCACCAAAGAUAAACGUGCCUUUUUGCACGCACUGAUUCAAAACGCUGUAGAGAAGCAGAUAGAUGAAAACAUCCCAGCAAACACACAACCACCACACAACGUUGCCUCAAAGUUGCCAUCUGAUUUCUCCUGGGUAAAUGUAGUGGACCAGAAGUAUACGUGUGGAACUGGAGAGUAUACUAAGUACACUAUGUUUAUCCAGGUGAUAUACACCCUGCUGUGUGUUGUGUGUGUAUGCUGCAUGUGUUAGUGUAUGUAGUGUGUAUGUGUGUGCGUGUGUCAGUGAGAGAAAGAGAGAAAGAGAGAGAGAGAGAGAGAGAGAGAGAGAGAGAGAGAGGGGGGGGGGGUGAGGGAGGUGUGUACUUGGGUGAUACAAUGUUGCUAGAUUGAGUUUGAUUUGAAAACCCUGCAUUAGCAUAAUAUAAUCACUUGCACUGAUCUAAGCAUCCACAACCGCCCCUCAAACACACACUGUUCUUUGCUCUGACCCUUUGAUUUGACACUGAGAUCAGUUAUCAAUGCUGUAAUCAAUGUGUGUGUGUGUGUGUCUAUGUGUGUGAGAGUGUGUGUGUGUGUGUGUGUGUGUGUGUGUGUGUGUGUGUGUGUGUGUGUGUGUAGUUCUACAGGUGUUUCAAGGCUAUGCUGAGGUGUUCUGCUCCUGACCGAAGCUACAGUUUGAAGACCUCUUCGCGAGUGACCAAAACACUCCGGACCAUUCGCCAUGGAAACGGACACAACGUGACGGUUGUCGUGGUGUCUGUAGGCCCGCCCACUCCGAAGGUCUCUGCCAACGGUUCCUCAGCGGAAUCGAAUGACCAGCCACUGUCACCUCCCAAAACCACUCCCCCUGUCCAAAUCACUUCCACUGGCCAAACCACUCCCCCUGUCCAAAUCACUCCCACUGGCCAAACCAAUCCCCCUGUCUCAACCAUGCCCACUUUCACACCCAAACCAAAACUGGCCUUGGUAGCUCACUACAACGGAUAG